CCCGAGAGUUCCAAGCGCUUUCUUUGUUGGCUGAGUGGGGGAGGUACCAGAAGUGGUACACUUUUGCGCGAAGUUGCUUGAUAUUUGCCAUUUCUUUGUGACGCGAAGCAAGAACAUGUUAGUAGCCGCCAAACGCUUCCAUAGGAUUGCCACGAUAUACCAACGCUCUCUUCAUAGCGUUUGAAAGAGACUGCCAGUUCCCACUAGAUCAUGAAUGCAGAGAUGCGAAGCUAGGCUCUCAAAGCAUGACGUCCACUCCAAUGCAUUCUCAUAAAGCUCAGGUCUCCCCAACUACACUGUCUUUCCACUUCUGCAUCGACAAGUCAGCUCACAAAACAACAUGGCUUUCAGCAAGACCUUGACUCAACUUGUUGGUACUCUCGGACUUGGCGCGAAACGACACCUCUCCAGAACCUCCCCUCUCUCAUCCCAGCCACCAAACAACAAGGCCAUGGUCGAAGAAUUGUGUCAGAAGGCUCAGCAAAGCGAGGAUAAGCUCAGAAAUCUAAAAUUCGGCCCGGACGAGAUGCAAAAACACGCCUACAUCAAGACAAACAACCAUCGCUUGGCCAUCUACAAAGAUCUCCAAAACCCCAACAUGGCCUCUGCUCGCAUCUUUAUUCUCAGCCGACCAACGGCCCGAGCUGCCAAGAAUAUGAUCAAGAAGAACGGCCCAGGCAGAAGGAAUAAUGUCCCGAUUGGCGAGAAGUUUAGAUUCAUGACGGGAAAAGCUUUCGACAUGAAAGCCUUCCGAGAAGAUCUGUGGCGAGAGGGAGUUGAUGGGGAGAAGGCUGCGGAAAGACACACGCCGGCGGAAGACAAGGGCCGGAAGGGCAAAUGAGUUGGUGGAAAGCUUGAACGAGACAUCAGAUAAGGACGAGGUGGAGAGUUGAAUGAUUUCAGGGCGAUAACGAAUACAUGUAUGGUCACUGGCUACGAGGGGUCUCUUGGGAAGCUCAACAAAUAGUGCUUCUUCAUUUGUCUGAGAACAUCAAGAUGUACACGUAUUGUGUACAAGUGGAGGAGUAAAUCAAGGAAAGUCACGGAAAGCUAUG